CCCCCCUCCAAAACUAAAAUUAGCCUACAAAUGGCCAUGGUUUUUAACCACCUCCCGGAUCUUGAUUUAUCCCACUAUAGCACCACUACUACUGAAAGCACCACCACCGGAGACGAUAAUCAUUACCGUAACUUGGGUGACUGGUCUCCGGUGGUGGACUGGGAUGCACUUUCCGUGCAUCCCCAAGAAAAUUUUCAUGGCCUUUUCGAAUUUGAACCAAAUGAAGACGAUAACGACCACCAUAUGAAUCUUGAUUCACCUACUACAUUGAUGGUGGAACCACCGGUCUCACCCUUUUCCGAUGAUGUAAAAGGGCUGAGAUUGGUCCACUUACUUAUGGCCGCAGCGGAGGCCAUGGCUACUGACAACAAGAGUUAUGAUCUCGCUACUGUGAUACUGGUUCGGCUCAAGGAUUUAGUGUCCCCAAAUGAGGGCACUAAUAUGGAAAGACUCGCCGCGCAUUUCACGGAUGCGUUGCUUAGUUUGCUUGAAACUAGUGCUCGCGGCGGUGUUGGGGGGUUGCAUUAUAAACAAAACCACCACCUCCAUCACCCGACUGACGUCUUAGCUGCAUUCCAGCUCUUACAAGACAUGUCACCAUAUGUCAAGUUUGGGCAUUUCACGGCGAAUCAAGCAAUCAUCGAAGCAGUUGUUCAUGAACGACGAGUUCACAUAAUCGAUUACGAUAUUAUGGAAGGUAUCCAAUGGGCAUCACUAAUGCAAGCUUUGAUAUCUCGGAAAGACAGAGCACCACCACCCUACCUCCGCAUCACCGCCCUAUCCCGGCCGGGAAGUGGUCGGAAAUCCAUCUCCACCGUCCAAGAAACCGGCCGCCUCUUAACCUCUUUCGCCGCUUCCAUCAACCUACCAUUUUCUUUCCACCAAUGCAAACUCGACUCAAACGAAACCUUCAAACCAUCAUCCGUAAAACUAGUACGAGGAGAAGCCAUCAUCAUUAACUGCAUGUUACACCUCCCCCACUUCACCCACCGACCACCAACUUCAAUAUCUUCCUUCCUCGCCGGAGCCAGAACUCUAAACCCCAAACUAGUGACCGUUGUCGAGGAAGAAGAACAGAAAGUUGAAGGUGGGUUUGUGGGUCGGUUCAUGGACACACUGCACCAUUACUCGGCUGUUUACGACUCCUUGGAAGCCGGGGUUCCGAUGCAAGGGCGGGCUAGGACGUUGGUGGAACGCGUGUUCAUGGGUCCAAGAAUUAUGGGUUCGUUGGCUCGGGUGUAUCGAGAAGAGGGUGAAGGUGGUUCGUGGGGUGAUUGGUUGACGGCUGAACCGGGGUUCCAACCGGUCAACAUAAGCUUUGCAAAUCAUUGUCAAGCAAAGUUGUUAUUGGGGUUGUUUAAUGAUGGUUAUAGAGUGGAGGAAUCUGCGAGUAAUAAGCUUGUUUUGGGGUGGAAAUCUCGACAGUUACUUUCUGCUUCAAUUUGGACAUGUUUGGAAACCAACUGAUUUUACCAAUUUACCCUUUCCUGCUUUGGUUGUUUUUAGUCAACUCUUUUUCAUUUGUUUGUUUU